UCUUGGUGCUUUCACGGUGUCCUUCUAUGCUCGUAUAUAUUGAUCCAGCUUUUGUGUCAGGAUGUCUGUGUUGUUGUGUCACUGUUGGUCCGUUGUUUCUGGCUGAGGGUACCUGGUAAUCUGAGGCUUUCAUGUUCCGUGCAGCUAAUCUAAAAACCAUCGGCAAAGCGGGAACGGGCUGGCACUUUCGCCGAACGAUGGACGAGCUUGUCCAUGACCUGGUGUCAGCGUUGGAGGAGAGCUCAGAGCAGGCGGCGCGGGGGGGCUUUGGUGAUGGCGGAGACCACGCUCUGACAGUGGGCUGUCUGCUGAAGAGACAGGCUCGCAAACGCAGAGGCCGAAAACGACGGUCGGACAACCCACACCCGCCCUGGGAGACAGCUCAUCUGAGUGAGGGCUCCGAGUCCAGUGUGGAGGAGCACAAGGACUACCGUGCUAGUACAGGAGCCGUAUCAGCUGCCAACAGUCAUGCUCGUGACAACAGCGACUCAGACGAACAGCUUGGUGCUAAACGACGUACUCCACUCGCCACUGAAGCCGGGCGCAGUAAAAGGCCGCUGUGGCCAGAUGACUUGGCUGUCCUGGGCUCAGCUGAGGGAACUCGCAGCCUUCGGCGGCGCAGGAAGGUCAAACGAAUGGCUGUGGACCCCCCUGCCGAACCAGAACCACCCACUCUCCUUGGCCCUCCCCCAGUCCCAAAGGCUCGCUCUGCUGCCAGGCCACUCAGACCGGGCGCUGGAGAGGGCAGGAGUCCGAUGGAGCUGUGUGGAGCGCCUGUUGUCGGCCCUGUGGGAGGGAAGAGUCGAAUGAAGAAGAGGAAAGUAGCAGCGCACAGGUUAGGCCAGGAGGCUGCAGACGAAGGGGUCGUGGUGGAGAGUGAGGACAUCUCUUCUCCAACCGAAGGAUCAAAGGACAAGAUGGAACUAGAGGAGCAGAAGGGUUCUGAUGAGGACAUGAGUGACAGUGAAACAAGCAGUGUCAGUAACAGCAGUGACGGUGGUCUAUUUACCAAUGAUGAGGGGAGACAAGGAGAUGAUGAGCAGAGUGACUGGUUCUAUGAGGGGGAGCCUGGUCCAGGGUCAGUGUCUGGGGGGGCGUGUGGGGUGGCAGGGGUGGUCCCAUGGUGGGAGAGGGAGACUCCCUCAGAGGAGCUGGACCUUGUAGACCCAGUUUUUAACAGUAUUCUCACUGGAGCCUUUCCAUUGAUGAGCCCUGGAAACCAAAGAGGCCUCCAGGCACGAUUAAGCCGUCUCCAUGGAAAUCAACAGAACUCAGAGGUACAGGGCACAAGUCAAAGCUUCAAUGAGAGACUGAACAGACAAACCCAGGACCCCCACGAGCCUUGGUUUCCCCCUGGCAUGAGGAGAGAACAUGCACAGUUGCAUUGGGACCCACGCACAGACCGAGGACAUCGUAGGAGCUGCUCUGUGAAAACAGCCAGCAGGCAGACCAGUGGACACCUGGGCUCUCUGUGUACAGGAGAUGUGAAGCGGAGGAGAAAAGCCGCUCCCCUCAGUUCGACAGGCCCCUCAGGUAUUGAACGCACACCUACUUCACCCAACACACCAUCUGGCACGACUACCAACUGCCUCCUUUUACUGUAUUUUUGGCUCUGGUUUUCUCUUUGUUCUUGUGCACAGCAUGUUCGCCAGCCGCCUGUCCUCCUUUCUUUCCGUCUCACGUGGUCAAUUUAUGCAUUACAGUGAUUGUUGAUGUAAUUUAUCAAAAGCAUCAGCAUAUAAACCAAUCAAAAUAGUAGUGUAUCUUAAAGACAUAAAAGAAGUAAACCUCUGAGUAUUCAAUAAAUAUUUUCUUGUGCAUGUAAGACUGUCUUGUGUCUCUGGUUCCAGGGAUCGUUGGGGAGAAUGCGCCGCCCAUCCCCGAGUCAAACAUGGGUAACAGAAUGCUGCAGAGUAUGGGUUGGUCCCCUGGGAUGGGCCUUGGUCCUGAAGGACGGGGUAUGACUGAACCCGUCCGGGCGACACAGAGACCCAAAGGCACAGGGCUGGGCUUCAACUGAACAGCUGCAUGGUUCUGAGGGUUCUGAAGGUUCGACCUGAGACGAUAGAUGGAACAUCUCAGGAUACAAGACUGCCUCAGGGACACAAACUGUCAAGUUCAGAUGAAUCAGGACUGAGACCAAGUGGUCACUGAUCUUUCCCAUAUUGGGGAACUUACAGAGUCUGAGUGACUGGGCUCUAACUAAUGACAAAGAUGUGUCAUUGUUAGUGGGUUGUACUUGCACGCUGCCUCAGCACUUUGACCUCGAAGCCAGUCUCAGGCCAACGGUCAAAAUGCCAAUACAAAGAGUAGCGUCCCGCAUGCACCAGGAAGGACCGUGCAGUUUGCCUGGUAAAGAUAGGAGUAAAUGAUUUUGUAUUGCACAAUAAUGUUAGAUAUCGGUAACAGAGUCAAGCAUACCUCAAGAUGACGGUUUUUAGAUGAUUUUUAUUCUAUUAAUGUUAGGGUACAUUGUCUGACUGAAAUGUCUGUUUUAUUGUUUAUUUAUGGAGCCAUCAUUUUGCAUUCACGUUUUAUCUGAAUAUUUCGGACUCUAACACAAUACAAACUGUAAUGCAAACUUAAGAGACAAGCAUCAUAUACUAGCAUAGUCUAGAGGCUAGUAAAGUGGCUGUACUAUUAUUGUAGUUAAAAAGCAUAAUAUAAUUUUACUGCAAAUGUGCCAACACUGUUGGAGCAACAGAUCGAAACUGUUCUUUUUCUUCUUAUAUUGAGACUGUACCAUGGUGUGUUCAUGUUAUGUUAAAAUACACAACCAAAUACUAAUAGGCAGAGAAUAUAUUUGGAAUAUUUUUUGCCAGACUAUACCAUCCUGAAUGAUGUAGACUCUGAGAAGAAAGUAUUAAACUCUGAAAGACUG